CAGGUCCUUCCUGCUGUGCCAACUGUGCUUAUCUCAGGCUCCAUUAUCUUAAGGGGGCUGUGUUUUGAGACCGACAACAGUCCUAACAUAAGGGUUUAAGUCCUUUAAGUCCUUACAUAUGGGUUUGUCAAGGACAGCUUGCAACCCCACAUGUCGAUAACAGCCCAAAAUAUGUGUGAAUCUGGGAUAUACUGAAGCAGGGAGCCUACAGAUCUACUGAACUGGGGGGGGGGAGUUCUAUUGUCUCUUGUUGACCUAUGUGCCAGCAUUGGUGCUUGUUCAUUACAGGCAAGUCAAAUCUUGUAAAAGCCUUGCCCAAACCUUGCAGACAAUGAUGUCUCCCUGCCUGCAGUACUGAAGUGUUCACACUCCAAGGAUUCAUCACAUUCGAGACCCGCACUUUGUUUUCUGCAGUGCAAACCUUGUCUUCUCAGUCAUUAUUAACAAAGAUUCCUCCCUGCCACUUUACAAUGGGCUCUUUUGUCUAGUUGCCUCAGUAAAUUCUGUAAAUGUAGCAAAUAUGGGUUAUUGAGUUUUCUUGGUCUGAAGCAUAUUAAGCUGUCUGUUGGCUUUUAAGUGUUUGAAAAACUUCCUGGAAGUUAGAAAUUUCAGCAACUGACCAGCCUGACAGAUGAUAACGUGGUUACAUUGGAUAUUAUGAAAGAAGUAUUCUUUAUCUAUAGGGAGGCAGAUAAACAGAAAUGUUUGACUUCAAAGGCACUGACAUAUUGGAUGGCUAUUGAUACCUGAAUGUGCACUGCAGCUGCAAACUACACCCAAACUGGAGAUGGUUCAGAAGAACUCUUCUACUGAUUUUCUUCAUGAGAGCAAUGUUCCUACCCUCAGCAGGCCCAUUCCAUGGGGUGAAAGCUUAAAUACCUAACAUAAAUACUAGGUUGAUUUGGAGGGUUAGCCUGUAAAUUAGAUAUUGGACUGCCAAAAUCAAGGAUUUUGUCUGGUUCUUUAUGUUCUUAGGCUUUUGAGCCUGCAUUGUUGUACCUACAAUGCAUGAGGAAUGCUGCAGUGGUUACUACUACUGCACUUGGUAGGACCCAUUAGGGCUUUUUCCUGCAGGGACCUAGUGACUGACAUCACUCCAGGGUUUGUGUUUUGGUAGCUCUCAGGGAACCACAAAACCAGCAGCUUAUCUCUGCUGAGAAUCACUUUAUUGCCUUCCAAGGGGAGUGGUGGAAGAUCAGGGACUGGCUACUUCACCCUGCAAACCUUCACUCGCUCCAAGUGAAGUACAGACAGCUUUGCUGUAAAAUGUAAAAAUAGUAAAUGAAACAAAAGACAGGUAUGUACAAUGAAGACUUAAAAGAUGUAUCCAUAAUUCCCCUUAGAAAAAAGAAAAUAUCAGCUGUAGCAAGGCAUUUAAAGAUUAUUUUGUUUCCUGGACAUGUAUACAUGCAAAUGGAUGAGAAUCUAGAAUCCCAAAUCAGGAUUUGGGAUUUCUCUCUUUAAGAACACGUCAUGUGUGGAAUGUGGUACCCACAGCAGAAAGGCCAUAGAACUGGCAUGGUAUAGAGAUAGCCAGAAGAAAACUUUAAAUCUAUGUAUAGUAGUAAAGUUGAUUUUGUUAAAAUUUGCCUAUUCUGCUGAAAGAAAAGAUUAUACAUAGUUCAGGUCAUGCCAAAAUGAGAAUUAUGGCUCCACAGCUUUACUUUUGACACUGUAGAGAGGAGGGUAAUGUUGAAUGUCCUUGGUUUUAGCUUCAGGCAUACCUAUGUAUUCUAAAUUCAUCAGUUACUGGAUAAUAUACAGACCUGGAAAUAAACAGGAUAAACAGACUUGGAAGUUGUAGUUCAAACCCAGUUUCCCUCACAAUUAUCUUUUAUGUUACAGGGUUAGAAUCAGAGGAGCUCAAUUUCUUUGCAGAUUAUUUCAGGUCACCAGAGAAGAGUUAGGGUGGGGAGUAGGAGGUGGUGCAUUAGCAUCAGAACAUGCAUUAAUUACUGAGAAAUGGCACACAUUGCACUGGCUCAUCCCCACCUGCUUAUUUUCAGACUGAGCAUCAAAUUAAAUUCUUCAGGACAAAGCAAACUCAGUCGACCUUUAGAAGCAUACAGCGUUUCAUUAAUUUCUCUUGAUGCAUAAAGCUGUAUUUUGAUGCAAGAGCAUGGCUUGCUCUCAACAUUCAGAUAAGCAAAUCUUUUUUGUGACUGGCAGAAAGGUAAGUUAUGAACAGAAAGGUAAGCUGAUUAACAGAACAUAGCUAUACAAUCCAGCACUGCAUUUUCCCACAGUAGGCAUUGCACCCAAUAUGGCUGCAAUACAUUUGUUAUUACCAGUUUCAGGAAAUACUGAAAGAUCUUUCUUAAGGCUUGAUGUAUUUCAAGCAAGGGUUGAAGAGUGGUUAGUCUGAUAUCCUCCUGUUGAGUAGUCUGUGAAUAGAUGUAACAGAAUUAAAGAUAAAAACUCAAUUUGGACAGCCUGAAUUUUUGAAUGCAACUCAACCUGUAAAGUGUUAAAACUCCUUGUCACCCUAGGAAAGAAUCUCAUCUGUUCACAGACUCACAACUUAACCUGGAUGUGUGUAUUCUUCCCCCACACCCCUUCAGUUUCUUUGCAGAUCCUUUUAGGUCUUUGCAAUCCAGAACAAUUCCCACCCAUGGAUCCAAUACAGGAAAUUGUUUCCUCCUGAGCCAGUGGUGGACCUUACUGACAUUUGUUAUCCCAAGCGUAACGGAGUUCCUACAAAUGUUGAAAACCUGAUGUUUUUGUGAAACUGAAAGAUCUGUCCUCAGAUAAGUAGAAGGUGCUAGUUUUAGUCACACGUAAUGAGACAUUUCAAUGUGAAUAAUCUACAUGUUAACAUUAUUACAAAUACCUAACUUUUUAAAAAAUUAAUUUGUUUGCCUCUGCAAAAUCAACUUUUCCCAUAAGAGCUUUUUUGGUUGGUUUUUGGGGUUUUUUGUGGGGUUUUUUUUGUUUGUUUGUUUGUUUGUUUUCUUUGUGGAUUGUAGUAUUUUCUCUGAAAGAUCCCAAAUGAAUUUCUCCAUCUUUUCUGUCUUCUAGUCUCUGUUGGAUGGCUUCUUCCAGUUGGGACAUAGGCACUAACAACCUGAGACUGGACUUAGGUACAGAUCCACAGGAAAGGCAAUGGACUUGAAAAGGAAAGAAGGUUAAUUCCAGUAGUUACUGAAAUUCACAGGACAGAUGAAAACUUGAAAGGGGGGAGGAGGAGGAAAGGCCCAUGAUCUGCAGGCAGAGGCAAGAGAUCUGUGAGAAUGGUAGUGCAGGAUUUACCCAGACCAACUGAGUAGAAUUCAAGCAGUCAGGUUCAGAGUCUUUUUUUAAUCCUCAGUCAUGUUUCAGUAGCUUCUUGCAAAAUUCUUUGUUUGCAUUCCUUUUGCAAAUAUUCGUGGGCAGUUCUUGCUGCUGUUACACAACCACCUCACAAGCACAAAAGUUCAUUUGAGUUCUGAAAGUGGAUGGCACAGUUCUUUGGUUUGUCAUGAUAUCACAGAGUGCUAUUUGCUGCAAGGCAGUUGGCUUUGUAAACAUUUGUCAGAGUGCAACUUUCUUAUUUAAUGAUUGCCUCUCAGUGCAGAACAUUGAUAGUAAGGCAUAAAAUCCUUUAUGAAACCAUGAAAGGGAAGUAAAUCUGCCUUUCUGCUACGUGCCCUGCCUUUGAGACUCAUGCUUUAGAAUGCAAGUAUUAAUUUAAUGUUUUACAAAUCUUAUACUUGGAUUAAAGAUCAUGGCUAAACUGCUGCUGGUUGAUAAAGCUGGUCAGACAGAAAGAAGAUGCCACCAUCUGCUCUGCAUGUUCUGACUGAGCUGCCAGGAGGAGUGCACUGCUUCUCCAGCCCACACAAGAUAUCCAUAGCAGUAAGAUUAUGAUUGGUUCCACAGACACCAAGUGCAUUUUUGUUUUUCACGCAUGUCAUUUACCUGGAAGGCCAGUCCAGAGUUGAACAGAUCUUUGGCUUGGCUGAUGGUGGUUUAAUUGCAUUUUCUGCAAAGAUAGGUGUUUCUCAGGGAUUGCUUUUGCAUAUUUUGAAGCCAUGAUUCCACAUGGCACUUGUUAAGUAUGAAAAGAACAUAUAUUAUAUCCUCAGGAGGUAAAAAAGGCUCUCUCUCUCUACAUAUAUAUAUAUAUAAGAAACAAGGUGGCAGAAAACCACUUUGAUUAACAAGGGCUGGGGCACUGCCUGCAGCCAGCCCGGGCACAGCCCAGAGGCACAGAGAGCUUCAAUCAGUCAGGGCUGGGAAGGUGCUGAGAAGUGCCUGGGGCAGAAUCACUGCCAGCCCUUGGCACAGGAACCUCUGGCUGCAGGACAAUGCAGCUGCAGCUGCUGCACUUCUGCCUCUUGCUGGGCAUCUCCCUGGCUGCCCUCCUGGGCAACGGCCUCAUCAUCAGCGCCGUAGCCUGCGGCCACCACCUGCACACGCCCAUGUUCUUCUUCCUGCUCAACCUGGCCCUCAGCGACCUGGGCUCCAUUUGCACCACUGUCCCCAAAGCCAUGCACAACUCUCUCUGCGACACCAGCACCAUUUCUUAUAAAGGAUGUGCAGCACAGGUCUUUUUCUUGCUUUUCUUCAUUGGAGCAGAGUUUUCCCUCCUGACCAUCAUGUCAUAUGAUCGCUACGUGUCCAUGUGCAAACCCCUGCUCUACGGGACCCUCCUGGGCAGCAGAGCUUGUGCCCACGUGGCAGCAGCUGCCUGGGCCAGUGCCUUUCUCAAUGCUCUCAUGCACACAGCCAAUACAUUUUCCCUGCCCCCGUGCCAUGGCAAUGCCCUUGGGCAGUUCUUCUGUGAAAUCCCUCUGAUCCUCAAGCUGUCCUGCUCAAAUUCCUACCUUUGGGAAUUUGGAGCUCUUAUGGGGACUGCUUUUCUGUUAUUCAGCUGUUUUGUGUUUAUAGUUUUCUCCUAUGUGCAGAUCUUCAGGGCUGUGCUGAGGAUCCCCUGCGAACAGGGACAGCACAAAGCCUUUUCCACCUGCCUCCCUCACCUGGCUGUGGUCUUCCUAUUCAUCAGCACCUCAUUUUUUACUUAUCUUAAGCCACUUUCAAUGUCCUCCCUAUCCCUGGAUCUGGCCCUCUCAGUUCUGUACUCAGUGGUGCCUGCAGCCCUGAACCCCUUCAUCUACAGCCUGAGGAACCAGGAGCUCAAGGCUGAAGUGAGGAGACUGAUGACUAGAUGCUUUCAGGAACAUUAAACUGCGGGCCAAUUUCUGAAAAUCACUUAUAAUAAAAGACAUCUUUGAUACUUCUUCUUGGUUUAAUUUCUGAGGUUCUUUUUAUUUGUUUUACUUUUAAAAUUGUGUCCACAAAGAAAUAUCAUUUUUUUUGUGCCAUUUCUCAUUUUGAUUCUCUCCACCUUCCCUGUGGCCACAAACUCUGCCAAUGAGGAGCUGCACUCUCGGAGGCUUUAAAUGAACUAAAGGAUCUCCCAGC